AUGACUCCUCUGAUGUACGCCUGCUCAGCAGGGGACGAGGCUCUAGUGCACAUGCUCAUUGAUGCUGGUGCGAACUUGGAUGUAGCGGUGCCCAACUGUUCACCAAAACAUCCCUCUGUCCAUCCUGAGAGCCGCAGCUGGGUGGCCCUUACCUUUGCUGUGCUGCAUGGACACAUAUCUGUAGUGCAGCUCCUGUUAGAUGUGGGAGCAGAUGUGGAGGGCACAGCCCUGAGAAACGACCACCAAAGCUCAGCAGAAACACCUCUCCAGCUGGCAUCAGCCGCAGGUAACUAUGAGAUGGUGAGUCUGCUGUUGUCCCGUGGCACUGACCCAAUGCUGCGGGUGCAUCUGACAUCCUCACUCUAUGAGGGCAUGAACUGCUUCAGUCACGCUGCAGCGCAUGGACACAGGAAUGUGUUGAGGAAGCUCUUGAGUCAGCCCCAGUGGCUGCAGGAAGACGUGCUUUCUCUGGAGGAGAUCCUGGCUGAGGGAGUAGAGGAGCAGGAGAAACGGGAAAUGAAGGAUGGAGCAAAUGCAAAGUCUGUCUGCGCUCCACGGCUGUGUAAAGCCCGCAUCAGAGCGCUGCAGGAAGCCAGCCUUCACAGUGCUGAGCACGGCUAUCUGGACGUCACCAUGGAGCUCAGGGCACUGGGAGUGCCUUGGAAGCUGCACAUAUGGCUAGAGUCAGUGCGCAGUGCCCAGCUCCAGUCCAGGACUGAACUCACACUUUCUCUCCUUAAAGACUUCACCACUAUUGGGGAUGAAAAAUACUGCGAGGAGCUGCUCUCGGAGGGUCUUCCACUCCUCUUCUCCAUUUUUAAAACUAGCAAGAGUAAGGAUAUCCGUAAGCAGCUGGCAGUCAUCUUCAGCUAUUGUGUUUGCUCUACAGCCGCCCCGUGUAUUCUGGCAGUAAAGGACACACCUACAGCUCAGCUGG